GGUAUUCAUUCUGCUGUUACUUGGUAAAAAACAUCAACAGAUGCCUCACCAGUUUCUACUGUGUCUUGUUCCAUCACAGGUUCUUGUUUGCAUUGGCAUGAUUAUGUUCAAAUACAGCACGGAAGUCACGUGGAUGCAGUAUGCACAGUUCGUGGUAUCAAUAUUCGGAGACUUUACAAGCAGAUGUUUCACAGUGGUACUAUCAUGUGUGAUAUACUUACUUCAUAGAAAGUCACUAGACUUCGUUGUUCGAGUCAGAAAAUGGUUGAUCAUAUCGGCUGUUGGAUUUCCUGUUAUAUGUAUAGGUUUUCUGAUGGCGUUAAAUUGGGACUGUAUAGACUAUAAGCACGAGAAUGCGUUCCAUUAUGGCGCAACUAAGGCGGAUGCAUUAUCAGUGGUGGUCCUAGCAUUCUGUUCUGUUCUAAAUAUAACAUUUUUGGUGUUACAUCAACGAAUACUUCGUCGUUCAAGUCAUGUGAAACAAGCCAAUGAUGUGUUAGAUGCUAUUUCCUUCACUACUGCGAAUGAAGAUGUAAAAUUUAAAACAAUGGCACACAGCGGAAGUAGAACAAAUUUGAUAUUAACCGACUCUCUCAGGACCCACGAUUCUAGGACAUAUUCUAAUACAAAUAAUUCAAUAAAUUAUGGAAGCAACAACGAUGAUUAUACAGUUUACUGGGACGCUGAUGAUAAAGCUGAUGCUAUAGAUGUAAUGGCUGAUAAAUCUGAGUAUGAUAAGAGCACCUUGCAAAGUUCAAGGAAGAGCAGGUCUCCGGCUUGUCGGGGCGUGAAAAACAUACAAAGUGCUGGGAAUGAUAUUCAAAACGUUUCAGAGAUAUGUGAAGGAGGCUCUUCAAAAAAUGACAAAAUGAAAGGUCGUGUUAACCAGACGCCAUAUGGAAAAUUUCUCGUGUUACUGAUAUUUUCGCAAAUUGCAAUGUUUGUGAGUUUAUUUCUCUGCACAUGGAGAUUGUUCAAUGAUUCAAAAUCCGGUAUUUACAUUGAGACAGAGUUCCUAGGUAUCUUUCUUAACUAUGGACAGAACUUUGUUCUGUUUGCACUUUUCGGAUUCGACGUCCAGGUGAUAAUUCAACGAUUUAUAAAAAGAUGGCGUAAACUGGUAUACAAUGUAGAAAAUGUUCAUAUUGGUCCAGCAGAUUUAACGGAGGAGGAAAAACAUCUUUGUGACCAGUUUGUCAAAUAUCAUCUGGACAGGUGUACGAAAGAUAUUGUUUCAAACAGAAAGUAA